AUGUCUCUCACUUCUAUCUCGCUCUUCUGCAUCCUCGCCGUCCUGGCGAACGCUUCUCCCGUCCCCAACCAACCGCGCUCAGUCUACACCUUGCGUGAAGGGAAGCCUCGACUCUCUUUCCAAGAGCGAGCGACGGUCAGCGGCAAAUCCAUCCAAGAGCUCCUUGCCAUCGACCGUGCCAAUGUUGUGGCCAAGUACGAGCACAACAACAAGCUCGCCGCUGCAGCCAAGGCUUCUGGUUUGCUCACGAAGAGCAAACGUCAGUCGACCAUCGGUCUGACCGAUGUCAACUCGGGCGGUGUCGAUGAGCUUUACUACGGAACGCUCCAGAUAGGUACACCGUCUCAGGAUAUUACUUUUGACUUUGACACUGGCUCGAGUGAUCUUUGGGUCCCGACGCAAAACUCGAACGGAUACAACGACGGAACGCACUUCAACACUGCCGCCAGUUCCACGUUCCAGAGCACCGGACAGAGCUUCGCGGACCAGUAUGGCUCUGGUACCUGCAGUGGAACUUUGGCCACCGACACUGUGUCAUUCGGCAGUCUCACCGCCAACCCUCAGUACUUUGGAGCCGUCACUCAAGUAUCCAGCAGCUUCGACAACAACCCGGCGACUGGACUCUGUGGUCUCGCGUACCAAUCCAUCGCCUCGUCAGGUCAGGCACCACUUCCUCUAAACUUGUACAACUCUGGUCAGAUCUCAAGUCCCGAGUUUGGAUUCCGAAUCACCGCGGACACUUCCAAUGGAGCCGAAUUGACCAUGGGAGGUAUUGCUUCUGACUACGCUGGAGCGUCCUUCCAGAGCACCCCCGUGACCACCCAGACCUACUACGAGGUUAACACCAACGGAAUCACCGUCAACGAGAACAUCGUCUCUGGCUCGUUCCCCGCCGCCAUCGACACUGGUACUACUCUCAUUUACGUCCCCACUUCGGCCGCAUCUGCCUUCUACAACGCCAUUCCUGGCUCCAGCUCUGCAGGCAAUGGGGCUUACAACUACCCCUGUGACUUCAGCGGUACCGUUGGAUUCAACUUCCCCAACAUCGGCAACCUCGACUUCAACGUUAAUGACCUGAAUGCUGGUAACAACGGCGACGGUACCUGUGUCGGUGCGGUCCAGGGUCAAGACAUCCAGGACACCAACGGAAACGACUUUGCCAUCAUCGGUGACGUGUUCAUCAAGAGCUACUACACCGUCUUCAACUUUGGCAGCAACUACGUCGCCUUCUCGCCAGCCAACGGAAACACCUAA